AGGAAAAUCAAAAUACAUUCAUAAGCAUAUUCAUGAUGAAAAGGGGAAUUUUCAAGUAGAUUGCAACAAAUUCUAUGUUUAUCUCCCCGCGAAAAUCUUCUUGACUUGUGCAAACACACGAUUGUUCAGUAAGAUCUACGUAUUUCUCUUCAACACGUGCAUAAUUUCUCUUCAGAAGCAGAGGAAUUUCAUCUACGCACAUUCAAAGCUCUAGAGGCAAGCUUUGUAAUUUCUUGAAUUUAGCGGAAAAUGUCGUCGCCGGAUAUUUCUGGAAUUUUAGAACAAUCAAAGGAGCUUGAUCGUUUAAGGAAAGAUCAAGAGGAUAUACUCCUUGAAAUCAACAAGAUGCAUAAAAAGCUACAAUCAACUCCUGAGGUGGUGGAAAAGCCCGGUGAUAAUUCUCUUUCAAGGCUUAAGAUGCUUUACAUUCAAGCAAAAGAUCUUUCAGAAAAUGAAGUAGCCGUUUCCAGUCAGUUACUAAGUCAGUUGGAUGCUUUGAUACCUUCCGGGCCUCCCGGGCAACAAAGGAGAAGGAUGGGUGAAGGUAACGAUCAGAAGAAGAAAAGAAUGAAGGCUGAUCCAGAUGUACCUAGGCUUUCUCCUGCUCUUCGAAACCACCUUGAUCAUCUUGCAAGUUUAAAGGGGGAACAGGUUGCUGCUAGGGUAACUCAGGAGGAUGCCGACAAAGACGAGUGGUUCAUCGUCAAAGUAAUUCACUUUGAUAGAGAAACACGAGAAUUUGAAGUUCUUGAUGAGGAACCAGGUGAAGAUGAAGAACCAGCUGGCCAGAGGAAGUACAAGCUGCCUAUGUCACAUAUUAUACCGUUCCCAAAGCGAAAUGAUCCAUCAACUGCUCAAGAUUUCCCUCCUGGAAAACAUGUAUUGGCAGUUUAUCCUGGAACCACUGCGCUGUAUAAAGCAACGGUCAUCAAUACUCGCAAGAGGAAAACUGACGAUUAUGUUCUUGAAUUUGAUGACGAUGAGGAAGAUGGAUCGCUGCCUCAGAGACAUGUGCCCUUCCACAAGGUGGUUACUCUUCCUGAAGGUCAUCGGCAGUGAAAUAAAAAUCAAGAUUUGACCCCCCAUGAAGUCACAAAGUACCGUUAGGUUGUAUUUAAACUGUUUUCUUGUGUGUCUUGUAAUAUAAACCAAAUCAAAAUGGAGUCUUUAGUUUUGUAUGUUUUCCAGAAUGAGAUGUUUUAGGUUUAUAUAUUUUAAUUUUAUGGAAAAAGGGCAAGUUUGUGUUGGGUUUGCAGUU